AUGUUUAUUCCACGAUUUUUUUGUGGAGUAAUAAGAGGUUUCUUUCGUUUAAACACAUUCAUAUGGAUUAUCAUUGCAUCUCCAUUGUUAAAACUCCUUAUUUCGCCAAACAAUACUCAAAUUAUGCCAGAAUUUAAUCAACCAGUAAAGGAAAUUCAAGAAUCAGCGAACACAAUGCCCAAACAAGAAAAUAAUGAAUCACCAACUAUUACUAAAGACAAUGUAGAUAACGACACUACAACAAUAUUGAAUGAAACAAUCCAUAAAGACGAAGAGAAAUUAGAAAUACAAGAAAAGAUUGAAGAUUCAGAGUAUGCAAAGUUAGAUGAUAAUGUAUAUAAAAUUCAAAAUACAUAUAGCGAAAAAUAUAAAUUUGGAAACGCCGAAGUAGAACCAAUUUUUGGUCAAAAGUUUUGGAAUUAUUCAGAUUAUGCAUUAAGAGAAGUCAAACAUGGAGCAGGAAUAGGAGAAACUAAAAAAUCCUAUUUUGGUGGCUUAUUUGGUACAAAUAGAGUUAGUAAAUACAAUGGUGCUUGGACUGCCAAAAACGGAAGCGGAAAAUUUAUUAUCGAAGUUUUUAAACCAAUACCACUCAAAGGAAUUACUUUUUCCACGAAGUCAAAUCAGUUUUCUAAAAUAAAUGUAGAAAUCAUUUCGGAUUCAAAUAGAGUAGCCCAUUUGUCAAAUAUUGACAUGAAAGAAAAUUUAACGUUUAAUUUCGAAAAUCGCUUUAUUUCAAAGAAUCUAGAACUAUCAUUAAAAUGUGCUGAUUGCUCUGGUAUAGAUCAGCCUCCAAUUCACAUGACACAAUUCUAUUUACUUCCAUACGAUUAUCACUAA